GCUAGCCCACCCUCUCCCACACAAAGACCGGGGCGUUGGGACUAGAUGGAGACCCUUGAUUAAAGUCCUGGCUUAAUGAGCCUUGAACUUGUCUACUCCAUAUACCUAUGUCCACUUACCCGCUCCCUCCCACCCACUUCGUGUAGAUGAGUAAUUGAAGAGGGAGUUAACAAUUCUUUGUCUAAGAAAUGUGAAAGACAGCAGAAGGAUCCUGGGGUUUGCGAAGGCAAUUGUGACUUGAGUAAAGGAAGAUAAAUUGCAAGGCAAAGAAGGACAGAAAGCUUGAAGCUCAGACUGGAAGCAGGAUUAAGGGGAGGGGGACCGUGGAACCUCUCGCUCACUAGAAUCGAGUACCAGGCAGAAGUCUGCACCUGGUUUCACUCUAGAGGGUGCUCAGCGCAUGUGGGUGUGUCCCCCGGAUUGUUCCUGGAUUGUACCGCUUCCCAGUCGCGAUGGACCGGAUGAUCAGUAUCCUUCUGGGUGCAAUGCUGCUCUGGGGCCAGGGCGGCUUCUCCCGGAGGGUCGUCAGUGGUCAGAAGGUGUGUUUUGCAGACUUCAAACAUCCCUGUUACAAAAUGGCCUAUUUUCAGGACUUGUCAAGUCGAGUGGGAUUCCAGGAGGCACGCCAAGCUUGUGAAAGUGAUGGUGGAGCUCUUCUCAGUCUUGAAAGUGAAACAGAACAGAAGUUAAUAGAAAGCAUGUUACAAAACCUCACUAAGCCAGACACAGGUAUUUCUGAUGGUGACUUCUGGAUUGGCCUUUGGAGAAAUGGAGAAGGACAGACGUCAGGUGCUUGUCCAAAUCUCUACAAGUGGUCUGAUGGAAGCAGUUCCCAAUAUCGAAAUUGGUAUACUGAUGAACCUUCCUGUGGAAGUGAAGCUUGCGUUGUGAUGUAUCAUCAACCAACUGCCAAUCCUGGUCUUGGGGGUCCCUACCUUUACCAAUGGAAUGAUGACAGAUGUAAUAUGAAGCACAAUUUUAUCUGCAAGUAUGAACCAGAGAGUUUUCCAACCAUCCCAGCAGGAAAACCCUUUGAUGAAAGCAAACCAGAAGAUCCCUAUCACAUAGUUGUUACUGAAACAGGUAUAAUUCCCAACCUAAUUUAUGUUGUUAUACCAACAAUACCUCUGCUGUUGUUGAUACUUGUGGCAUUUGGAACCUGUUGUUUUCAGAUGCUACAUAAAAGUAAAGGAAGAACAAAAACUAGCCCAAACCAAUCCACACUAUGGAUUUCAAAGAGCAACAAGAAGGAAAGUAUCAUGGAGAUAUAACAACUCAUUGAUUUGUCUUCCAAGGAAGAAGUCAUGCUUUAGCUUUUUGGAUAUGUGUAAUCAAUGACAUCAGAACAUUAGCUUGGAAUGGCUUUGAAAUCUCAAUCAGCAAGAUCAACUAUAUGAUCCACCUUGAGGCAACUAUUAAGAUAAUUUUAUAUGUUUGUUAUUUCAUUAACAAAAUAUGCCAUGCUAAAUAAAGAAGUAAAACCUGCUUAUUUUGUAAAAGGAAGCUCCUGAACUUCAUCUGAACAAUAAAGUGGACAGUAAAAUUAAGAAUGACUCAUGUACAUGUCAGGAGUCUGUGUUUGAAAUGUAAUAGAAAGCUAUUUUUCUUUUAUCUUUCAUCUUGUAGUGUAGUUGAAAUACUAUAAAUUAUACUGAAAUUUACACUGUACAAAAUAUUUUAUCUUUGCUUAGCUAUUUGAUAAAAUAGAUUGCUCUACUAUGUAUUUUUAUGGCUUUUUAUUUUUUAAAAAGGCUGUUCCUUAUUCUAAUCAAGCAAAUGUGUCAAUGUCAGCACAUUUUACAAGAGUUUCUUUAUUAUUUUCAGUGCUGAAGCACUUAACUGAAGUGCUUGAAUUCAAGUGUAAUACUCAUAAAAGCCACUUAAGAUAAAACAGUCAUCUGCUUAGUGUCUUGCCACCUUACUUGGAAAUAAUGCCAUGUAAUGUAAUGAGAAACAAUUUCAGAAGUUGCCAUGCAAAGCUAACAAUUCAAAUAUUUUACUUUAGAGUAAAGAUGAGUAAUUAUCUCUGUCAUUAAAUUUAUAAGGCAUAGCUAAACCUUAACAUUAUUUUAGAGCUUGAAAUUAAGAGAAUUUUCAAAAAAGAUUUAAUACAUUUUAUUCACAAUAAUGUUUUAUAAUUUAGAAAUAACAAAGAGAAAUGAAAUACAGAAUGGUGGUUUAAAUUGCCUGAGAUCCCAUAUCUCAGCUUAUUGGUUGGGUUCCAAAGUUAAUUAGAACCAAAUAUCCUACAUUUAUCUCCAUUUCUGAGACAAAGAAUUCUUUAUGAGAUGGAAUUUUCCACUGGAUAAUAUGAGAGGUUUAUUAUAAAAUUACUUAGUAACUUUGAGUAGCCUACAUAGACUUGUGUUUUGGUCUUAGAAUGAGGAUGAGAAGAAUUGAAAUAACAGAACUACAGUAAGAACUGUAGUGUAAUAGGAUUAAAAAAUGAGUGUGAUUCAAGAACAAUUAGGGAGUGCCAUAGGUUUGGGGAAGAACUAUCAUAUUUCCUUGGGUUGUUUUUUCUCUAGGAUAAAUCUCCCAGUUAUUUCAAACUAUUCUCGUAUAGAAUGCAGACUGUUUUUAUGGUACCAUUCUUUUGCAUUCAACUUUUGUUA